CCCAGCCCGGCAGAGCAUGGAUCCAGUGCCUGUAGUAGAGAGAAUUCGCCCAAGUCCGUGAUGAGGGGGGAGCCGGUAUUUGCUGGGUUCCAACUGCUCUUUCUCCCCUGAGGUUUUUAGAACAGCCACUCCUAGAGUUGUCAUGGAAUUAAAGAAAACUGCAUCCAGGGCGUACAAUGCUGCUCUCCUGCUACCACUUUUCCUCUUGUUUUGGGGAACCUCAUACUCUGAAAAUGAUAGCAGCUGUUCCUCAUCCCCAUGUGAAAAUGGUGGCAGCUGUAGGGAUUUGGAAGGGGGUUAUCAGUGCACCUGCCCUGUGGAGCCUAUAGCCUACAUGGGCAUAAACUGUGAACUCCUCUAUGAUGCAUGCAGUAAAUAUGAGUGUCCUGCUCAAAGGAUUUGCAGCGCAACCCCAGGACUCCUGGAAUAUGAGUGCAUCUGUAUGCCUGGCUUCACAGGUAUUGACUGUAGCAUUGAUAUUAAUGAGUGUGAGAGCAGCCCUUGUGAAGAUCCUAGAUUUGAGUGUGUAGAUGGUGUAAAUGGAUACACCUGUAAAUGCCAAACAGGACUGACUGGAGAAGGCUGCCAAACAGAAAGCUCUGUGUGCUCCAGCCAUCCCUGCCUGAACAAUGGGACAUGUGUCGAGGGUCCUGGGGACUAUUCCUGCAUCUGCCAGCCUGGCUUCAGUGGAGCCAACUGCGGGGACAACAUCGACGAGUGCGCCUCCAACCCCUGCCAGAACGGAGCCAUCUGCCGAGACAGGGUGAACGAGUACAGCUGCUUCUGUGUGCCUGGCUUCCAGGGGUACAACUGCGAGAUAGACAUCAACGAGUGUGCAUCCCGGCCCUGUAAAAACAAUGGCACCUGCCUGAACCAGAUGGACCAUUACCUGUGCCAGUGCAGCCCUGGCUACACAGGUAUAAACUGUGAGGCUGAAAUAGAUGAAUGUGAUUCAGACCCUUGCCAGAAUGGGGCCUUGUGCAAUGAUUACAUUGGGUUCUACACCUGCACCUGUGAACCAGGUUACCAAGGAACCCACUGUGAGGUGGACAUCAACGAAUGUGUGAGCCAGCCAUGCCAGAACAAUGGGACAUGUCAUGACCUCGUUAACAGGUACCGUUGUGACUGCAGUGACACAGGCUUCGAGGGGGACCACUGUGAGUUGGAUAUCCUGGAGUGUGCCUCUGAGCCCUGUCUGAACGGGGCUACGUGUGUGGAGGGAGUGAAAAACUACAGCUGUGCCUGCUGGCCAGGCUAUACGGGGCAGCACUGUGAGGAGGAUGUGGAUGAGUGUGCAGCAGAUCCCUGUCACAACGGAGGUGUGUGCUUGGAGCGAUCCAACCCAGCCCACUAUGGAACACAACCUGACUUCCCCAGUGAUUUCAGCUAUAGCCAGGCAGCUGGUUUCCUCUGUUGGUGCCAGCCAGGCUUUGCAGGGGAGACCUGCUUUACUAACAUCGAUGAGUGCCAGUCCCAGCCGUGUCAGAAUGGAGGGCUCUGUGAGGACCUUGUUAAUGGCUUCCUUUGUCACUGCCUGCCAGGUUAUUCAGGUGUGGAAUGUGCUGUUAACAUCAAUGAGUGUGAGGAGGGUCCCUGCAAGAAUGGAGCUGUCUGUGAGGAUGGCAUUGCUGACUAUACCUGCCACUGUGUCCCUAGCCAGGAUGGCAUUCUCUGGGGAGGGAAGAACUGCUCUGUCAAGCUCACUGGGUGCCAGACGCAUGACUGCCAAAAUGAGGCCUUGUGCAUCCCAACCUACCAAGCUGAGAGCCACGGCCACCUGUGCCAGUGCCAGCCUGGUUUCUAUGAUGCCACAUGCUCAACACCAACAACAUUUUCCUUUGCUUCCAGAGGGUAUCUCCUCAUUGAGCUGCCCAUGAACAAUCAGAGCAGGAGGGAUGUAGCAGAUGAGCUUGCCAGUGUGUCCCUCCGGUUCCGAACCACCUUGCCCAGCACUAUCCUUUUCUACCGAGGCCAUGAAGCUGAGUACUUGUUCCUGGAGCUCUUGGAUGGUAUUCUGCAUGCAGGACUGAAGAGGGAGGAUGCUGUCUACCUGCUGCUCCUGAAGGGGCUGAGAGUCGAUGAUGGACAGUGGCAUAAAGUUGAAGUUGUUGUGAACAGCACUGUGCAGCUGAAGCUCUGGCAUGGCUCCUGUGAGGCAGGUGUCUGCUUGCAGAGCUCUCCUGUCCCAAACGGCACAGCUCCAGUCCCCCAGGCCUUCCUGAACAUGUAUCUUGGAGGUGCUGAGGAGCCAAUGGCCAAUAACACACAGAGCCAGCAAGGCUUCAUCGGCUGCCUGGAAGACUUUCAGGUAGAUGCUGAAGCUGUGCUCCCAGUGGAUCUGCCCGUGGGGGAGUCCUCCCCGGUGAGGCAGGGCUGUGACCGGACAGAGUGGUGCCUCUCCCAGCCCUGCUCUCACGGCGGGCGCUGCGUGGACCUUUGGACAACCUUCAGAUGUGACUGUCCAAGGCCGUACGGAGGCCCAGCUUGCUCAUACGAGCACCCAGCAGCAACAUUUGGCCUAGAGAAUUCCACCAGCUUUGCCUCUUUCACCCUUUCCAAGAGCCUUGGUGCAAACUUCAACAUCUCCUUUUUCAUUCGUAGUCGGAAACCAAGCGGUUUGCUACUGCAGAUCGGCAACGCCACCGAGCCCCGCCUCACCCUGUACCUGAAGAGCGGCAGGCUGAGCAUAGAGAUGGAAUCUAUGGAUGUGGUGACAUUUCCUGAAAAUUUAGUUGAUGGGAGAAGACAUCUGGUAGCUCUGUCUUUCCAAGAAGGAAUUGUUGGUGCUCACCAGUCAGACACAUACGUGGAGCUGGGACAGCUCAAAGCAAGGCCUCUCUUAGCGGGGCAUGAAGUGCAUGUUGGUGGACAUCCUGACCCAGACAGCACCCAUAUGUGGGGAGGGUAUUUUAAAGGCUGUUUGCAGGACAUCCAACUGAACAGCCUCAGAGUACAGUUUUUUCAGGUUGAGAACUACAGUCUGCCGCAGGACCUGAACAGGACUCAAGAAGAUAAUCUUGUGAAUGGUUGCAUCUCUGAUGACACCUGCAAGUCUGAACCAUGUCAGAAUGGUGGCAGAUGCACUGUCACUUGGAAUGAUUUCCAUUGCAGCUGUCCAGCAAAUUUCACUGGGAAAUUUUGUGAAGAGAGAGUCUGGUGUGAAAGUGACCCAUGUCCUGAAGCUACCAUGUGUGUGGAUGUUCUAGCAGGAUAUGUGUGUCUGGCUAACGCAACAUUCCAUAGUUUUGCUGCUGUUGAAUUUACCACCAACACUUCAGUGACCAGAACUCUGAGCAGCCUCCACGUGGAUUUCAGAACCAGGGAUGAAGAUGCUGUUUUGCUUCGGGCUGUGGAAGAAGUUGAUUCCCUCCAGAUAGCUAUUAAGAACUCCUCCCUGCUAGUGGACAUCAGGAGUGGGAACAGCAUCGAAGGUGUGAGGUUCCAGAGCCAGCAGCCCCUCACAGACGGGGCCUGGCACAGCAUCUCCCUGGCAAUGGAGGAGCCCACUGCACCUUCCUCCAGGUGGUGGGUUUGUGUGGAUGGGUCUGUGAACAUGACUCUGCAAGGCAAUGCCGGGAACCUGGACUUCCUCAAGAACAACACCCUGGUGGUUCUGGCUGAAAAUUACACCGGCUGCCUUGGACAAGUGAAGAUAGGGGGGAUCUACCUGCCAUUCACUGCCCCCCUCCCGUACCCCCAGCCGGAGCAGUUCCAGCAGUCCAGCAGCAGGACCAUCCAGCUGGGCUGCACUGGGGCUGACGUCUGCGCUUCCAGCCCUUGCCUCAACGCCGGCACCUGCCAGGACCUGUUCAACUCCUUCAACUGCACCUGCAGGGCGGGCUGGGGGGGGCUGCUCUGCGAGGCCGAUAUCGACGACUGCCAGUCAGGCCCGUGUGUGCACGGAGACUGUGUGGAUGCAGUAGCAGAUUUUCAGUGUGAAUGUUUCCGGGGGUUCAUUGGGAAGAGGUGUGACAUCAAUGUCGACGACUGCGUGCGGCACCAGUGCCAGAACGGAGCCACCUGCGUUGAUGGCGUGUAUGGGUACUCCUGCAAGUGUCCUCCUCAGUAUUCAGGACCUCGCUGCGAAUGGCCAUUCCCACCCGAGCAGUGUGGCAAGAACUUCACCUGUCUGAACGGUGGCAAAUGCAUCAGUGAGAGCUGGGGAGCCAACUGCACGUGCAGGCCAGGCUUCACUGGAAGGAAUUGUCAAAUUAAUAUAAACGAGUGUGAUCCAAACCCCUGUCAGAACGGAGGGACCUGUCAAGACUCUGAGAACAAGUACGAGUGUGUUUGCAGUUCCAGCUACACCGGGGAGCGCUGCGACAUCAAUCAGCAUCCGGUGUGGGCACAUCUUAGCAACUCCUCCGUGGUGGGAGCAGCAGGGGCUGCAGGGGCUGCCCUUCUCCUGGCAGUUGUUGCAGCCACAGCCAUUGCCAUGAAGAGGAGGAGAGCGACUCAGGGAACAUACAGCCCCAGCCGGCAGGAGAAGGAUGGGGCUCGAGUGGAAAUGUGGAACGUCAUCAAGAUGCCACCGACCGAGAGGCUGAUCUAAGAGCUGGGGUCACACAACAGGUGCCGUGUUGUCCUUUAGCUGUCAUGGAACUGCUGCAGAAUCUGUCUUAGGUCCUGAGUUGUGUUUUUGUAGCACAGGUCUGUACUGCUUUAAGCUGCUCCAUAGGCUGCAGGCACCUGCCUGUUGUUACUUGCCUGUAAGUCAGCUGCUUGAACCAGCUUCGUUGUUGCAGCUCAUCCCAACAGAUUGGUAUAAAUUGGGUCUCCCAGCAAGAGCAGAGAAGUCUGGGAGGGGAAAAGAAGUUCUGGAGGGAGCAGUGGAGGAGAAGAAGCAAGCGGGGCAGUGGCAGCAGAGGGAGAGUGCACAGGCCAAGGGCAGGGCUCAGCCUCGUGGCCCCCCAGCGGUCCCUGUCAGGCAGGACCAGCACCCUGCAAAGAGGGAGGCAGGUCUGGUUAAUGGGAACUAAAUCCUUGUAUUAAGAAAUAAUGUGGUUGGUUCAAAAAAUGUGCCUGUGCCUCCUCUGCAGAGCCAAGACAGGUGACUGGCUGAUGGGAGAUACUUCCUAGAGCUGCUGCUGUCCUUCCAUACCUAGGCCAGAGUUGGCAUGAUAGUACCAGAAAUUAACUAGCACUACUCUGGACACUGCUACUGAAGCUUCUCCUAAGCCUAGACUAAACCACAGGAAUAUUUAAGUGCCUUCCUGAGACUGAGGUGGCCAGGUACAGUAGUAACUUUCCUGAAAGGAGGCUGUUUCUAUGUAGAAAAACUGAUCCUAUUCUUGGAUCAACCUUUGCACAAAGGUUUGUGUGAGCAGCACAGAUGCUGUUCCCACCUGCCCAUGUCUAUGGCUGCCCUUCCAGAGCACCACAGAUGGGGCCCUAGGAAGAGUGUUCAUGCUGGACCAACAGUGGUACCUGCUUGUGUGAGGAGGGGGAGAGAUUUCAAGACCUGCACCUCUCACAACAGACAGGUUUGGGCUUGUCAAUACAGAAGAGUGGAAUUUAGUUAAGUGAAUUUUGACAUGAAACCAGGGUUUGUGUUGUAGUGAGACACAGCAGUCAUCUUCCAUGUUUCCCUAAAAAAUGAGUGUUUGUGGCUUCACUUCUCCUUUGUUACUGCUUUAGAUACUGAGUGUGCUGUUUCUUUAGAAUAAUGUGGCAGUCUGUGGAAAGAAAUGCAGCAGUCUAAAAUCAUUAGCAUUUUGAGAUAAUUAUGACAACUAUCCAUGAGAAAUACUUCAGAAAACAGUGUCUGCUUUUUCAUCUCCAAAAUACUAUUAAUAAGGAGGGUGUGACUCUGCCUACCACUGCUUAUCACCACCAAAAGAAAAUGCUGUUCUGUUUUGCUCUUGGGUCUUUAUUUCUUUAAUUCUAAGCAAAGGGAAGAGUGCAAAACUCAUGAUCAGGUCUGUCUGCUCAAGAACAGGUCUUCUGCAUGUAUGUGGCUGCUGAUACAAGUUAAGAAUGAGAAGUUUUUAAAACAGAAAAAAACAAACCACAUUGGGAGACUAGACAAUUAAGGAGUGUAUGAGAUCUUUUCCUCCAACACUGAGGAAGAAAGAUGAAGGAUUGGUGAUCCCCCUUGGCUGUGGUUUGGAAAGGAGUUGGACAAAGUACUGAUAAUGACAGAUGUGACCUACCCUCUGCUUGGUGAGAUCUCCAGGGCUUGUAUUUCUUUCUUAGCCAUCACACUGCUGGUACUCAUCAUGUGAAUGAUUUGCUCUGUGGCUUUUCCAGAUGCUCUUUAGGAAGGUCUGAUACCCUUUCAGAACAGUUCCACUGCUGCAGUGGAACUGACCUGCAUCCCUUAGGGAGAAGGUGAGUGGAGUUUGCUCAGCAGCAUUUGUGCACAGGAGCUCCAACCAAGGCAGGUCCCACUCACCAAGCUGAAGAAACACCAUUUCCCCCUUGGUCUGAGAGUUGGUCCCUGAGGGUGGGGUCAUUUCCUCAUGAGAAAGGUCUGACAGACCCCAGGGCAGUAGCACUGGCUGGGCCAGACUCCUGGGAGAGCUGCCCGUGUCCUGCCAGAGCUCUGCUGUGUAGCCUUUACUCCAAUGCAUUUUUUUUCAUCCCAUAAUGACUUGCAAGAAACCCACAGCAAGCUGAGAAUAUGCUUUGGGCGUCUGAAAACUCAGCCCUGGUUAACCUCCAGCUUGUGGCCUUUUAGCUCCACUCCAGUUUUUGUAUUUAAAUAGUAGAAAAAUGAAGGCAGCAACAGGAACUGAAUGAACCAGUAUUACUCCAGCCUGAGUUAUUUUGAGAAGAAAACCAGAACUGUGUUGUAAGAACUCACUAUUAUUGAGCUACUGAAAUAUCCUGAAAGGCAACAAGAAGCUACAAAACCCACAGCAAUAACAUCUAAAAACCAGCAACUUGCAGUGACUCCAACUGCAUCCCCCGCUGCUCUGGGCAGGCAGCAGGAAGGCUCAGCUACUUCACAGCAUUAGCAGAGCAGAUGUUUUUAUUGCAAGCACCCAAAGCCAGUACCAGCAAAGUGUUAAAAUACUCUGUCAGUGUCUUGAGCAUUUCUGCAAAAUAAUUUAUGAGAGGGUUUGUUUUUUUUUAAUAAUGAACUUAACUUUCUUUUGAUAUUUAAUUUUUGAAUAUAUUUUUUCACAAAACUGGAUUUGCUGUAGUUGAUGAUCAUGAUCCUGAUUUCUUUUGUAAUUGUAAAUUUUAUAAUUUGUAAAAAGUUAGAAUGUCUUUCAAAAGAAAUUUACAUUAAAAUUUCAUUAAAAAGAGACCUGGUUCCCUUGA